ACACCCCCGAACUCAGAACUCCUCCUACUUAACUUGCUCGCACUAUUAGAAACAGCUGACCAACAAAGAAGAAAAUAAAGAUUUUAGGAAAUUGGAAAAGUUAGACGGAAGAAAAAUCAACGAUGGACUAUUCAUCGCUGUCGACGGCUCGUUAACGAACAAUUUUCUUUGCAAACAUUGGAUACGUCAUGGCUAGGUUAGGAAGCUAGCUAGCGAAAUUGUAAGUCUUAACGAGCAAAUGUUAGCUUGCUAUGGUUCUAGCAACACAACCGUAACCAUACUUUCUGAACUGCCGAGCAUGACCACACUGCUGUGCUCUUAUGUAUAAAAAAUUGGGAUCUGGUAUAUUUUUAUUAUCGGGCAUUUUGUUACACUUUAUAUUACAACUAUAUUCUUAUACAAAAAAUAAAUAGGUCAAGGUAGCUUGCUGCCUAAUUACAGAGCUUAUGGGUCAAGGAACAGCUUAGGUAUUGAAUUGGCGCAUGCCAGCUAGCUACAGUACGCUUUAUCUAAUGUCAUUGACAAUUCAAUUGCCAAUUUAAUUGGCAUACUCACGCUCGAGAUGAUUUGUUGUGUACAACGAUCGGGCGCAGUGCAACCCAUCUAAAUGUACUUCGACGUUGACCUGCAAUUGUACAAAUUAACACCAGUGCUAGCUAACUUUUUAUGCAUUAGCUAAAGCUAGCUAAUGUACCUGAUAGCAGAAACCAGACAAAGCAACCAGACAUUGCUACGUAGCUAGCUAUGUUACAUGUCAAGUCAGCUUUGCAUAGCCUUUUACCUCCUACUAUCACGUUAAAGUUAGUCUGUUGGUUAAAUUGACCCACCGGCUAUCUAAUAUGUUUGGUGGAUAGCUAGUUAUUAAUCAUAGCUAAAACAUACUUCAAUAAACCUUGUCCGCUUUCUAGCUGGACUGUUUGCCAAGCGAAACUGAUGUGUUCAGCUGUCAGCGCUGGUUUGGUAGCUAUUUAGCUAACUUGGCACACACAAAGUAAAUAGCAGAUGAAUGCAACUCCCACAGAAACGGCUAGGUAGGUAAAGCUCUAGUGGCUACGUUGCUAGCUGUUUAUACUUAAAACACAGUUCCGUUUAUAGGAGUUUGUAAAAUAAUGGCAUUCCAUAGUACGGGUCGGCAGGCGGUGUGUAGUAACUUGUUCCCUGGCUCUGAGUUAGGCCUUAAGUAUUUCUGCGUCAACACAUCCACUGGAGGUACUUCCACGGGCCUCAGUGCAACACCGAAUCUGACUGGCCCCACUGCCCCGGCGGGGACUCCUCGCCACCCUACAUCUCUUGGGGGAAGCACCGGCGGCGGUGCUGCUGUACCUCAGCCUUAUAGUAACCCAGCCAGUGAAGUGCCAAGCCCAGCCGAAAUGGAGCCGGAUCGCCCAAUCGGUUAUGGAGCAUUUGGUGUGGUCUGGUCAGUAACUGAUCCUCGUGAUGGAAGGAAAGUGGCUCUAAAGAAAAUGCCCAACGUCUUCCAGAAUCUGGUUUCCUGCAAGAGGGUCUUCAGAGAAUUGAGGAUGCUAUGCUUUUUUAAACAUGACAAUGUGUUGUCAGCCCUGGAUAUUCUGCAGCCUCCACAGAUUGAUUGCUUUGAGGAGAUCUAUGUGAUAACAGAGUUGAUGCAGAGCGACCUUCACAAGGUCAUAGUGUCACCACAGCCCCUCACCACCGACCACAUUAAGGUCUUCCUUUACCAGAUCCUCAGAGGGCUGAAGUACCUACAUUCUGCAGGAAUUCUGCACAGGGACAUUAAGCCUGGAAAUCUGCUUGUCAACAGCAACUGUCUUCUUAAGAUCUGUGAUUUUGGGCUGGCUCGUGUGGAGGAGCCAGACCCCUCGCGUCAUAUGACCCAGGAGGUGGUGACUCAAUACUACCGGGCGCCCGAGGUGCUGAUGGGCAGCCGCCAUUAUGGCUCAGCCAUCGAUGUGUGGUCAGUGGGAUGCAUCUUUGCUGAGCUGCUUGGCAGACGCAUCCUGUUCCAGGCCCAGAGCCCCAUCCAGCAGUUGGACCUAAUCACUGACCUGCUUGGCACCCCACCUCUCUCUGCCAUGGUAUCUGCUUGUGAAGGAGCCAGGGCCCACAUCAUGAGAGGACCACACAAACCGCCCUCGCUCUCAGUGUUGUACAUGCUGUCAGACGGUGCAACCCAUGAGGCAGUGCACUUGUUGUGUCGGAUGCUGGUCUUUGAUCCUUCUAAGAGGAUCUCUGGCAGUGAUGCUCUCUCCCACCCGUAUCUGGAUGAGGGCCGAUUGCGUUACCACACCUGCAUGUGCCAGUGCUGCUACUCUGUACCCAGUGGCCGUGUGUACACACGUGACUUUGAGCCUCCUGCCGACAGGCCUUUCAGCCACAGCUACGAACACAGUCUGCUCUCUGUCUGGCAAGGCAAAGAGCUCAUCCAUCGCUUCAUAACUGAGCAUCAGCAAGGGAAACGAGUGCCACUAUGCAUCAACCCCCAGAGCGCGGCUUUUAAGACCUUCAUUAGGUCUACUGCUUGGCAUUCCUCAAAGGUCUCCAGGAAGGAGGAGAGAUGAAAGAACGUAUUGUGACCAAGAUGAAUCAUGGAAAAUGCAUACUAGAACGGGGUUAUUGAUUUUGAAAAUGACGAAGAUUGAUUUGGAUCUCUUUGGGAGGGAGCUUUGAUGGAAGGAUCAUGCCAGUCUAUCAAAAAUCAGACUAAUGGCUAUACGAUCAUAGCAAACACUUACCAAUACCACAUUUCCUUUCAAAACUAGUCUCUAAAGAAAUACAUUUUACAAUAGUGAAGACUUAACUUCUUGCUACUUAAGACUGCAAAUCUAAAGUGUAAAGAUGCUGCUGACCUAAAAGGAAUUUUGAAAGAAAUAGAAAAAAGCUGAAUAAUUAUUGAGAAGUGUAGUGAUAGUAGACCUGAGUCUGCUUGCACCAAUGUGGCUGAUAUUAGAGGAGGAAAGUUAUUUUAAUUAUUUGUUAAAUUGUUUGCUCCAUGUUCAAGUAAUUCCAGCCUUGUGCAAUAAGGAACACCUCAGCCACUAUACUGAAUGACAGAUGCGUGUAGACCAGACCCCAACCUUUCCACUUCAAAAAUAUUUUGUUUGAUGGGAUUUAAAAACGAAUUACAUAAUUAUUUAUGUUGUGUUUGACUAAAUCCCCACUUUCACCAAGCGUGAUGCAUUUUGCAUCAAAUAUAACAUGGCUGUAGCCCUUUGCGGUGAUCAUGAACACGAUUGUAUUUAGUGAUUCAAAUUACUUCAGCCUCAUGUGAGAUUAAUUUCUAUCCUCCAUUAUAAAAGGUAAAAAUCUGAUCGAAAAUGAGAAAUGAAUCAAUCAAAACCUGUAUUGGGGGCAUUGGUGGGUAAAAUGAACUAUGCUAGCUCAAAUGACCAAACGUUUAUUUUAUUUGGGGGGGGGGGGGGGUUGCGGCGUCAUGUAUGAUUGUGUGGUGUUAUAUUAUCUAUUUAUUGUAUUUGUAUUUUCUAGCAUUAGUGGCAGUAGACAGUACUUUGAGAUUAUUCUUAAAUCCUGUUGUGUUGAGUGAAUACUGAGCACACUUUGCUUCAGUUAUCUUUAUUAUUACCUCAACAACUUCUGAGAUCAAGAGGGGGAGCCAGUAAACACUGGGUCUGUAUAUAGAUGGAACAAGCUCAACUACUGUGUACUGUGAUGUGAUGUAAUUCCUUUGAAUGAAAUCACACAGUUCUUUAUGGGAUGGUCUCAAAUCAUCCCCUAAACCAUCACAACUUUUGUGAAGAGGACAGUGAUUAGUCAAGAGGAAUCCACAUGGUAACAAUGACAGCUGGCCCUCUGAAAGGCAAGGUAUAACUGUUCAUACUUCAGAAACCUGUCCAGAUGUACCUCCAGAAAUGCACAUGCUGGCAUUUUUCGUUAUGUCUCACCCUUGAAGGAGUGGGAUUGAAGAAAGUUCAAUUGUUUGCUGCUUUUUUUUAAAUUAUAUUUUUAAUUCAGUUUAAGGCUCAGGUGGCCCAUAGCAGACUGUGAAAACUGACAAUACAAGCACCGGAUGUUCACCAACAAGCAAGAGUGUGCCUAACCCAAUAAGUGGAACCACAGAGCUGUGUAUGUUUUACACAAGUUGGGAUUUACAUCAUAAACAGUUCCUAUGGCAGUCUUUCUCCAGUUACAGAUAGAAGUUCUCUCUUAACCACAGUAUUCAUUUUAACAUUAUUUGACCAUCAAACCUCAUUGUUGGAUGUACCUGGCUCAUAGCUGUGUUUAAAAAAAUAUUUCAACCUAAACCAUUCCACCACUCGAGGCCAUUGAGGAGUGUUAGAAUGUUACAAAUGUUUGCAUGUGCAUAUUAUGAUCUAAACAGAGAAAUUGGAUUUGAAUGCUGUUGAGUGUUCAGUGGUAGUAGUCAACACUGACAACCCUUCAUUUUUAUAAUUUAACUUAACUUGAUCUUUGGCCAUUGUUAUAAUUUAUGUUUGUGAUGUGAUCCCUUAUUUUGCCCUUUUGUUGGUUAUGCAAUGUUGAACUUUUGUUAGUAGAAUUUUAGAAUAGAACGCCAGGGUUGGUUCCUUCGACUCCAAUGCAUCCUCUCUAAACAUUAGAUAUCUUUGGUAUGUUUGUGUGAAUAGAAUGUGAAUCAAUCGUUUUCCUUUGUUUGGAUUUUGUCAGUAGGUGUAAGGGAGAAAUGGAAAGCAGUUAAAGUGCUUUGUUGUUAGAUAGGCAUGGGGGAGCGGCAGUUCACCUGGUAAUCUAUAUUGUGUAGACUUAAUUCAAUAAAAGUAUUUGUGUUGAUUAUGAAUAUAAAACCAAUGUUGAAUACUGCUGUUUUGAAAAUGUUUAGUUCCUUUUAUUUUGUCAUUUUUUGAAAAAGAUUUUGACUUGUUCCCAACAAAUACUUGAAUUUCUUAAAACAUUUCUAGAAUAAAGAGUAGGUAAAUUAAUAAAUAGUCCCUGGAGAAUAUAUAUUAGAUUUUUAAUUGUGUUACACUGCUUUGUUUAUUUGUACAACAUUUUCCUUCAAACACAUUAACCAGUUGUCAUCUGAGGCA